AUGUCGUCAGCGCCCUCUCUUGCUGAUCUAUCUGAGGCUUUAUGUCAGAUGGUUCUUAAGAGAUUGGACUCUGUUUUGGAAGAUAGGAUUGCUGCCAAGUCAGCUGGGAGGACUGGGAACAAGCGUGUUGUGUCUCCCCCAUCUCCGCCAUCACCAAGGCCUAUUUGUUGUUGUAAGGAUCUCAAGACACCUGUGAAGAGAUCAAAGGUUGUGAAUGCAGAAAUAGUGCAGCAGGAGUGUUUGUGUCACCCUCCCCUUGAUGCUGCCCAGGGUUCGACUCCGAGGAAUUCUCGUUCUUUGUCAAGUGUUCGAAACACUUCCCCUUCACACGUACGUGCAUCUGCCCCGCAUGUACACGUAAGCGAGUCAUCUAUUGGGAGUGUGCGUAGUAAUGUUCCUAGUGUUGUGGUUGGUUCAUCGCAGGAGUUGGCACUUGGCUCCAGCCCAGACAGGUCAGCUGGCAGUUUGGCUGCUGGCUCUUCUGUUGGUUUACGCGAGGAAGGCACGUUGGAUAAGCCUGCAUCUUCUUCUCAUCGUCGGUCUCCAUUGCCAGAGCAGGAGGAGGGAGACACGCAAGAGUUUUUGUCUACCUUUACCAAAGUUGUCGACCUCCUUCAAGGGUUUAACAAUUUGGAGAGUGGUCACACACUUUCUGGUGCCUGUUUGGAAACCCAUGCAUUAGAUGAGCUUAUUCCUGAUUGGAAGGAACGUGGUGCCCCAUUAAAUACGCCUGUGACAAAAGAUAAGUUUGCGUUUUUAACAGAAAAAGGACGAAUACCCAUCCCAAUUCUUCCAGGGAUGCCUAUGUAUAAUCAUGGUAACUACGUAGUACGUUUAGGCCACUUUGUACGAUGGUUGGGAGAACAAGCAGAAGAAUUAGGAGUCGAAAUAUAUUCUGGAACCCCUGCAUCAGAGUUAUUGUAUAAUGAAGAUGGGUCUGUAGCAGGCAUUGCCACAAGUGAUGUAGGCAUAGCCAAAGAUGGGUCUCCAAAGGACUCCUUUGCUCGUGGAAUGGAAUUGCGUGCCAAAUGUACAAUCUUUGCUGAAGGAUGCCAUGGCCACCUAGCCAAGCAACUGUAUAGCAAGUUUAAUCUAAGAGAAAAUUGUCAACCGCAGACUUAUGCCAUUGGUUUGAAAGAAGUUUGGGAAAUUAGUCCAGACAAGCAUGACCCAGGUUGUAUAGAGCAUACAGUUGGAUGGCCCUUGGAUAAAAAUACAUAUGGGGGUUCCUUUCUGUAUCAUCUUAAUGAAGAAACACCUCGUGUAGCAAUAGGUCUUGUUGUGGCCUUGGAUUACUCAAACCCUUACUUGAGUCCUUUUAGGGAAUUCCAAAGGUUUAAACAUCAUCCAUCAAUUGAACCCAUUUUGAGAGGUGGUACCAGAAUAUCAUAUGGUGCACGAGCAUUGAAUGAAGGUGGUUACCAGUGUAUCCCAAAGCUAACAUUUCCAGGUGGUUGUCUUGUUGGAUGUUCCCCUGGUUUUAUGAAUGUUCCAAAAAUUAAAGGCACCCACAAUGCUAUGAAGAGUGCAAUGUUAGCAGCAGAGAGUAUAUUUGAUGCCAUUAUUGAUGAAAACAAUGCAGAAGCUGUUGGUAAGUAAUCAUUAUAAGUUGUA